UUUAAGAAGUGCUAAUUUUGUACAGUAAUAAACCGAUAACCUGACAAAAAUAAAUGCGUUUGCUUGCAAUCAAUACUUGAGAGUUCACAAAAGUUCACGAAGGUGAAAGGUCAGUUUAAAGUCUCACCGCUCCAAAAAGAGGAAGUCAUGAAGUGGUAAAUUUGCAGGUGUUAAAAGUAAAAAGAAUCACGCGCAUCUUACAUAAGCAGGGUCCAUCCAGAGUAUCUUGAAGAGCUCGAGUUGAAGUGACUGGGGUGCAUUUGUUCACUGGUUCAAUGUCUGAAGCAGAGGGUGACAGUAAAGCAUCAGAGUCAGAGAGUGCUGCAGCUACAGGAGACAGCUCCACUCAGGAAAAAGGUGCUGGGGAAGAAGCAGAGCAAAUGGAGUACUUCAGGAGAUUGUUUGCCAGAACCCUGGGUCUGUCUCAGGAACGAGAAGCAGCAGAGGCAGAGGAAGAAACUCCCCGUCCGCAGCAGCUGUUGGAUGAGGUUACAGUGGAAGGGAUCGCAAAGUACAUCAGAGAUGGCAAAUGUAGAAACAUAAUUGUCCUGACUGGAGCAGGCAUAUCUACAUCUGCUGGUAUUCCUGAUUUCCGCAGUCCUGGCACAGGGCUGUACGAUAACCUGCAGAAGUACAACCUGCCCAGCCCUCAGGCCAUCUUUGAAAUUGGCUUUUUCAAGGAAAACCCAGAACCAUUCUUUGCUCUUGCAAAGGAACUUUACCCUGGAAAGUUUAAGCCAACCUGGUGUCACUAUUUCAUCAAGCUGCUAUCACUGAAAGGCCUAUUGCUCAGGAAUUUCACCCAGAAUAUUGACACAUUGGAGCGAGUGGCAGGAGUGCCAGCUGGGGCGAUGGUGGAGGCUCAUGGGACAUUUUACACAGCACAUUGUCUUGGAGAGUGUAGGAAAGAGUACACACAGGAGUGGGUCAAAGAAAAGGUCUUCAAUGAUGAGGUCCCUAGAUGUCCUGAGUGUGAUGGUGUGGUCAAGCCUGGUAUGAACCUUGUUAAC